CGGCGCCCAAACAACGGCGGCCGCCCGCCGGAGUCGGCUCGCAGAGAACGCGUUGUGCCGCCAAGAGAACGCGAUGUCGCCGUGGCCCGUGGAUAAACGUCGACGUCGUUCUCGUCGGGGAUACCGCGCCGCCAGCAGCUCCUCCAACGGAAUAAGGAGGAGCUCGGCGGAAAGGUGCUGGUGAGAGUCCUGGCAUGGCACUAUGGUGGCUUUGUCCUACCGCCGGGCCCGCCUGCUGGCGCUGGCCCUGCUCGGCAGCGGAUUCCUCGUGGCUCGUAUCCACCGAGCGCAGCUCGGAGGUGGAGCAGCGCCCGUCGUCCUCACAGGACAGCAAGCGCUGCAGGUCACGAUUCCUUUAGAGCUAUCUCAAAGGCCCGCGUCUCAACCACCUACCAAGCUCCCCAAGUACCCCUUCAAGUACUAUGACGCUCAUCAGCCACCCAGACACAAAGUUCGGGCCAAAGACUUGCUUUCCUAUUUCAAGCCCCUUGGCAAUGCCACCUGCUUCGUACACGGUACCGAUAUUAAAGCGAGCCAUAGUUCGUGCGUAUGCCAGCCGGGGUGGUUUUCGGACGACUGCAGCUUACCCGAAGCCAUCAGUUCUUCCAAGCGCUUCAGACGUCGCUGGACUAACAAGAAGGUCCACCGCAGGAGCGGCCGGCCUCGGCGUAUCGUCAACGCCAUCAACAUAAACCACGAGCUCGACCUCUUGGAGGUGCGGUUGCGAGAACUGUACAACGUCGUCGACGUGUUCGUCGUCUGCGAGUCUAACUACAGUGCCAGGGGGGAGCCCAAGCCGUUGCACCUCCUUCCGGAGCUCCAGAAGGGUUUCCUGGCACCGUAUCAGGACAAGAUCGUGCACGUCUUCCUCGACCACUUCCCGAGUAAAGGUCGGGAAGACGGUUGGUUCGCCGACGGCUACCAGAGGAGCUUCCUCUGGCGACAGGCCAAGAAGCAACUCUCGGGUCUCAGGGACGACGACCUCUUCGUGCUGACGGACGCCGACGAGGUACCGAGGGCGGGUCCUCUUGCGUAUCUCAAGACGCACGAGGGCUUCGGGGAACCCAUGUUUCUGCGGCUGCGUUGGACGCUGUACGGAUUCUUCUGGCAGCAUGUGCAAGAGCACGUGCAAGUGCUCUCCGUGUGCACGAUGCGCUUUCUGUCGCGGGUAUUGCGCAACGACGCGGCUCGCCUGCGUCGCGAAGACAUUCCUGCCAACUCGGAGGAGCUCUACGGAGGGGAACUGGAGGACUGGACCCUGGGCCAGAACGACGACUAUAACGCCGGCUGGCACUGCUCGUGGUGCUUCGACGUCGAGGGCCUCCGAGUGAAGCUCAAGUCCGCGCAGAAGGACGACGGCAUCCGGUGGGGAGACUUUCCAGAAAAGACUUCCGCUCGCUUUCUGAACGUCCUCGUCAAGCGCGGCCUGUGGUUUGAUGGCAAGAAAGUGACUAAGCCGAGCGUGCUCACUCGUGGGGGCACUGUGCCGUCGUGCGUGAUGGACGACGAUAAAUACGGUUAUCUCCUUGCGCCUGAUAACGGGACUUCGCGCACGCCGGAGCUGCAGUAGUUUGCUGUUGGGAUGCGUGGCUUUUCGUCUUCAACUAUUUACAGAAUGUUUUCCAAGGUUUGAAAAACAUGAGAGCACUGUCUCAAGGACACUGAAUAGGUAUUCCAGAACCAAAAUCUGGGCCAAACACAGUCUGUGUAGACAUUAUACUUGCCUGUAUAAGAAAAUAAUAAUUAUAUCAUAUCGCGCGUUCAAACUUGGCGCCUGUUAUACAGGUUACGUGAUAUAAUAACUGCUGUUCAUGUAAGCUUCAGCGGAGCGUAGUUUAUCAAGGUCAUAGUUUUCCCAUGCAACAACAAUAAGAACGCGUCCUUGGGCGGGGUCUUUAACGAUCUUCCGCAGCCUUUACUGUUCUUUCUCGGCUCGGCCCAAGUAAGGCAUGGUAGGUGCAGAGUAAUGAUUAGACAGAAUAUGCUGCGGUAGGCUGUGGUGGAUGUUGUUGAA